UACAAUGGAGAGAACUGUGUUAUAGCCCUGGUCCAAGGACAUUACCAUUUAUUGCCCAUAGACUGCGGGGUGAGUGUGAAAGUCUCCAAAGAGAAGGAGCAUUUGGCACGUUUGCAGACACCCUGGAACAUGGAAGCAAGCAAGCUUUGAAACGCACAGCUUUGGAGACACUCCAUGAGUCUGCAGGGCUUUCACGCGAAUUAGCACUUAAGAUCUUGUGUAACAAAAAUGGACACUGGGGACACAGCUCUAGGACAAAAAGCUACCUCAAGGUCUGGAGAAACUGAUAAAGCGUCAGGUAGAUGGAGACAGGAACAAUCAGCUGUUAUUAAGAUGAGCACUUUUGGCAGUCAAGACGGACAGCGGCAACCGCAAAUAGAUCCGGAGCAAAUCGGAAACACAGCAUCAGCACAACUCUUCGGGUCUGGGAAACUGGCCUCCCCUAGUGAGGUGGCCCAGCACGUCACAGAGAAGCAAUACCCACUGCACCGUCCGAGUCCUUACUCAUGCCAACAUUCACUCUCCUUCCCUCAGCACUCAGUGCCACAGGGUGUCAUGCACAGCAACAAGCCACACCAGAGCCUCGAAGGCCCUCCGUGGCUUUUCCCUGGCCCUUUGCCAUCUGUUGCCUCUGAGGACUUAUUUCCUUUUCCGAUCCAUGGCCACGGUGGUGGUUAUCCGAGAAAAAAGAUUUCAAGUCUGAACCCUGCUUUUAGCCAAUACUCCCAGAAAAGUAUCGAACAGUCAGAAGAUGCUCACAAGAAAGAGCACAAACCUAAGAAGCCGGGCAAGUACAUUUGCCCUUACUGCAGCAGGGCAUGUGCCAAACCAAGCGUGCUGAAAAAGCACAUCAGGUCCCAUACCGGGGAGCGGCCAUAUCCGUGUAUACCGUGUGGUUUCUCUUUCAAGACAAAGAGCAAUUUGUACAAGCACAGGAAGUCGCAUGCCCAUGCAAUUAAGGCAGGCUUGGUCCCUUUCACAGAGUCAGCUGUCUCUAAAUUGGACCUCGAGGCUGGUUUUAUUGAUGUAGAAGCAGAAAUACAUUCAGAUGGUGAACAGAGUACAGACACAGAUGAGGAGAGUUCUUUAUUCGUUGAGGCUUCUGACAAAAUGAGUCCUGGCCCACCCCUCCCUUUGGACAUUGCCAGCAGAGGGGGCUACCACGGGUCAUUGGAAGAAUCGCUGGGAGGUCCCAUGAAGGUGCCGAUUCUGAUUAUUCCUAAAAGCGGGCUUCCCUUGCCUAAUGAAAGCUCUCAGUACAUUGGCUCUGAUAUGCUACCCAAUCUGUCUUUAAAUACUAAGGCUGAUGACUCUCACACGGUGAAACAGAAACUUGCUCUAAGGCUGUCCGAGAAGAAAGGACAAGAUUCUGAGCCCUCUCUGAACCUCCUGAGCCCGCACAGUAAAGGAAGCACUGACUCCGGGUAUUUUUCUCGCUCAGAAAGUGCAGAGCAGCAGAUCAGCCCCCCAAACACAAACGCAAAGUCUUAUGAAGAAAUCAUCUUUGGAAAAUACUGCCGGCUUAGUCCCAGAAACACACUCAGUGUCACAACCACAAGUCAGGAGCGUGCCACCAUGGGGAGGAAGGGGACGAUGGAGCCAUUACCUCACGUCAACACCAGGUUAGACGUCAAGAUGUUUGAAGAUCCUGCUUCGCAGCUGAUCCCAAGCAAAGGAGAGCUGGAUCCCAGUCAGACAAGCAUGCUGAAAUCCACGAAAUUCAACCAUGAGUCCAGACCGUCCCAGUCCAUCCCACCGUCCAUCAGGAGUGAAGGAAAACUUUAUCCUGCCCAUUUCCAAGGCAGCAGCCCGGUUCUCUUGGAGGCUCCUGUGGACUCUUCGCCCCUUAUUCGAAGCAACUCGAUGCCCACGUCUUCAGCCACGAACCUAAGUGUCCCUCCUUCUUUGCGAGGGAGCCACUCCUUUGAUGAGAGGAUGACGGGUUCCGAUGACGUGUUCUACCCGGGGACCGUGGGCAUCCCCCCGCAGCGCAUGCUCCGGAGACAAGCUGCGUUCGAGCUGCCUUCCGUGCAGGAGGGGCACGUGGAGGCGGAGCACCACGGCAGGCUGUUGAAGAGCAUCUCAGGUGCAUCCUCGAAGGAAAAGAAAUUGCUUCACUCUGACACGCCCAAGCCCAGCUACAGGGACGUGUCCUGCUUGAGCUCUUUCAAGCACGGCGGAGAGUAUUCUGUGGACCCCUCGGCGCCCCCGCAGGGGGUGCCCACCCUCUUUGGAACCACGUGUGAAACCAGGAAGCGCCGGAAAGAGAAGAGUGUCGGGGACGAGGAGGACACCCCCAUGAUCUGCAGCGGCGUGGUCGGCGCUCCCGUGGGCACCGUCCUGCCCCCGGAGUACGACCCCAAGCUGCCGAUGCAGGAAGGCGCGAGAAGCGGGUUCGCCGCGGCCGGGCAGGACAGCGCUUCCCACGGCCACGCGGAGCGCUUCGACCCGGGUCGACCGCACCUGCCCGCGGGAAGCCCAUCUCUGGGGUCCGAGGAGUCACCGUCAGCCGCUGAUUCAGAAAAGAUGCCAGACCUCGGGGGCAGGAAACCUCCAGGGAAUGUGAUCUCUGUGAUUCAGCACACCAACUCCCUGAGCCGACCCAAUUCCUUCGAAAGGUCCGAGUCCUCCGAGCUGGCGGCGGCGAGCGCCCAGGAGAAGGCCUCUUCGCCUUCGGAGACGGGCGACAGCGAGGUCUCCGAGGCCCCGGUGAGCCCAGAGUGGGCCCCUGCGGGGGACGGUGCGGAGAGCGGGGGGAAGCCGUCCCCCGGCCAGCAGGCCCCGCAGCAGGCGUACCACGCCCAGCCCAGGCUGGUCCGCCAGCACAACAUCCAGGUCCCCGAGAUCCGCGUGACGGAGGAGCCGGACAAGCCGGACAAGGAGAAGGAAGCCCAGAGCAAAGAGCCGGAGAAGCCCGUGGAGGAGUUCCAGUGGCCCCAGCGCAGCGAGACCCUGUCCCAGCUCCCCGCCGAGAAGCUGCCGCCCAAGAAGAAGCGGCUGCGCCUGGCGGACCUGGAGCACUCCUCCGGGGAAUCCAGCUUCGAGUCCACAGGCACCGGCCUCUCCCGCAGCCCCAGCCAGGAGAGCAACCUGUCCCACAGCUCCAGCUUCUCCAUGUCCUUCGAGAGAGAAGAAACCGUGAAGCUUGCCGCCCCCGGGAAGCAAGAGGAGUUGGGGAGGCAUUCGGAGUUCUUGACGGUCCCCGCCGGUUCCUACUCGCUGUCUGUCCCCGGCCACCACCACCAGAAAGAGAUGCGGCGCUGCUCCUCCGAGCAGAUGCCUUGCCCGCACCCAACGGAAGUCCCGGAAAUUCGGAGCAAAUCGUUUGAUUAUGGGAAUCUGUCCCACGCUCCCGUGGCCGGGGCGCCGGCCUCCACCGUCUCCCCGUCCCGGGAGAGGAAGAAGUGCUUCCUGGUGCGGCAGGCUUCCUUCAGCGGCUCUCCUGAGAUCGCCCAGGGCGAGGCCGGGACGGACCUGGGCGUCAAGCAGGAGCAGAUGGAGCACCUGCACGCCGGCGGCCUGAGGUCCACGUGGCACCACGGCCCGUCCUCGGUGCUGCCCCCUCUCCAGGCGGAGGACCCAGGGAAGCAGCUGGUGGGUCCUUGUGCCCAGCUGAGCUCAGGGCCUCUGCACCUGGCCCAACCACAGAUCAUGCACAUGGACAGCCCAGAAGCUCUGAGGAAUCCCUUGCUACAACCAACCUCCUAUCUGACAAGCAAGCACUUGUCUGAACAGCCGCACCUGUUUCCACACCAAGAGACGAUUCCCUUUUCUCCCCUCCAGAAUGCCUUGUUUCAGUUCCAGUAUCCAACCGUCUGCAUGGUCCACUUACCCGCUCCGCAGCCUCCUUGGUGGCAGGCCCAUUUCCCACCUCCCCUUGCGCCACACCCUCAGAAGAGCUACGGCAAGCCUCCCUUCCAGGCAGAAAUCCAUCCCAGCUAUCCCCUGGAGUACGCUGCCGAGCACACUGGAAAGAAAGCCGCUGAUUAUGCGCACACAAAAGAGCCAACCUACCCGUGUUAUUCAGGAACAUCAGGCCUACACUCAAAGAACCUCCUUCCAAAGUUUCCUUCGGACCAGAGCACCAAGUCAAUGGAUACUCCCUCCGAGCAGGUUCUUCCAGAAGAUUUCACCUCGGCAACCGCUGGGCCUUUGCAGUCCUUACCGGGAACAGUGGUUCCUGUUAGGAUCCAGACCCACGUCCCGUCCUACGGGAGUGUCAUGUACACAAGCAUCUCUCAGAUACUUGGGCAGAACAGUCCGGCGAUUGUCAUAUGCAAAGUCGACGAGAAUAUGACCCAAAGAACACUGGUAACCAAUGCGGCCAUGCAAGGGAUAGGGUUUAACAUUGCCCAGGUGCUGGGGCAGCAUGCAGGCUUGGAAAAAUACCCCCUCUGGAAAGUACCUCAAACCCUACCCCUCGGCUUAGAAUCCUCAAUUCCCUUAUGCUUACCUUCCACCUCGGACAGUGCCGCCUCCCUGGGAGGUAGCAAGCGGAUGCUCUCUCCAGCCAGCAGCUUAGAACUCUUCAUGGAAACGAAGCAGCAGAAAAGGGUCAAGGAAGAAAAGAUGUACGGACAGAUUGUGGAGGAGCUCAGCGCUGUGGAGCUAACCAACUCCGAUAUCAAAAAGGAUCUCUCCCGCCCGCAGAAACCCCAGCUGGUUCGGCAAGGCUGUGCUUCUGAGCCAAAGGACGGCUUGCAGUCGGGGUCAUCUUCCUUCUCCUCCCUGUCCCCCUCCUCAUCUCAAGACCAUCCCUCUGCCAGCGCGCCCCUGAGGGAGCCAUUCCCUCCCAGCUCCAGGGCACCCUCUCUCUCGCAGAAGUCCAGUGGGCCUUCCGAGAGCAAAGAGUCCUCAGAUGAAUUAGAUAUUGAUGAGACAGCCUCCGAUAUGAGCUUGAGCCCACAGAGCUCCUCAUUGCCGCCGGGAGACAGUCAGCUCGAAGAGCAGGGAAGGGGCCAGAAGCUGCCCGUUGGCAUGCUGGUCCACAUGGCCUCCGGCCCAAGCAGGAAAGUAGCAAACUCGACACUUCUUUUCACCGAUGUGGCAGAUUUCCAGCAGAUUCUUCAGUUCCCCAGUCUGCGGACAACAACUACUGUGAGUUGGUGCUUCUUGAAUUAUACAAAACCCAAUUAUGUGCAACAGGCCACCUUCAAAUCCUCGGUUUAUGCUUCAUGGUGCAUUAGUUCCUGUAACCCAAACCCAUCAGGAUUGAACACCAAGACCACGCUGGCUCUGCUGAGGUCCAAGCAAAAAAUCACCGCAGAAAUUUAUACUCUGGCUGCUAUGCACAGGCCCGGAACCGGCAAGCUUACGUCAUCGAGUGCUUGGAAGCAGUUCGCUCAGAUGAAGCCUGAUUCGUCCUUUUUAUUUGGCAGCAAACUAGAAAGGAAACUAGUGGGAAAUAUCUUAAAGGAAAGAGGGAAAGGAGAUAUUCACGGAGAUAAAGAUAUCGGAUCCAAACAAGCUGAGCCAAUCCGAAUUAAAAUCUUUGAAGGAGGGUAUAAGUCAAAUGAAGAUUAUGUAUAUGUCAGAGGACGUGGACGUGGGAAGUACAUUUGUGAAGAAUGUGGGAUUCGCUGCAAGAAGCCAAGCAUGCUCAAAAAGCAUAUCCGCACUCAUACUGAUGUCCGGCCUUAUGUGUGCAAGUUAUGUAACUUCGCCUUCAAGACGAAAGGAAACCUGACGAAGCAUAUGAAAUCUAAAGCGCACAUGAAAAAAUGCCUGGAGUUGGGCGUCUCGAUGACUUCAGUGGAUGAUACAGAAACCGAGGAAGCAGAAACGAUGGAAGAUUUGCACAAAGCGGCUGAAAAGCAUAGCAUGUCCAGCAUUUCAACUGAUCAUCAGUUCUCAGAUGCCGAAGAAUCGGAUGGUGAGGAUGCAGAUGAUAAUGAUGAUGAUGAUGAAGAUGAUGAUGACUUUGAUGACCAGGGAGAUUUGACACCAAAAACCAGAUCAAGAAGCACCAGUCCUCAGCCUCCUAGAUUCUCCUCCUUGCCUGUGAAUGUUGGCGCUGUACCCCAUGGGGUUCCCUCGGAUAGUUCCCUGGGACAUUCUUCAUUGAUCAGCUAUUUGGUUACUUUGCCAAGUAUUCAGGUUACUCAGCUUAUGACACCAAGUGACUCAUGUGAAGAUACCCAGAUGACAGAAUACCAGAGGUUAUUCCAGAGCAAAAGUACAGACUCGGAACCAGACAAAGACAGGUUAGACAUACCCAGUUGUAUGGAUGAAGAGUGCAUGCUAUCUUCAGAGCCCAGUUCCUCUCCGAGGGACUUCUCUCCCUCAAGCCACCAUUCCUCACCGGGAUAUGAUUCUUCACCCUGUCGAGAUAAUUCACCAAAGAGGUAUCUGAUACCCAAAGGAGAUUUAUCACCCAGAAGACACUUAUCACCUAGGAGAGAUCUAUCACCCAUGAGACAUCUUUCACCAAGAAAGGAAGCUGCAUUGAGAAGAGAGAUGUCACAAAGAGAUGUUUCACCAAGAAGGCAUCUGUCCCCAAGGAGGCCAUUGUCACCUGGGAAAGAUAUCGCGGCAAGAAGAGACCUCUCUCCCAGAAGAGAGAGAAGAUACAUGACCUCCAUCAGAGCACCAUCUCCCAGAAGGGCUUUAUACCACAACCCACCAUUGUCCAUGGGGCAGUAUUUGCAAGCAGAGCCAAUCGUAUUGGGGCCUCCUAAUCUAAGAAGAGGAUUACCUCAGGUUCCUUACUUCAGUCUCUAUGGAGACCAAGAAGGUGCUUACGAACAUCCGGGCUCCAGCCUCUUCCCUGAGGGACCUAAUGACUAUGUCUUCAGUCAUCUUCCACUCCACUCUCAGCAGCAAGUACGAGCUCCUAUCCCCAUGGUGCCCGUUGGUGGGAUCCAAAUGGUUCACUCCCUGCCGCCGGCCCUCUCUGGUUUACAUCCUCCACCCACAUUGCCUCUGCCAAUGGAGGGCUCUGAGGAGAAGAAAGGAGCUUCCGGGGAAUCCUUCGCUAAGGACCCCUACGUUAUUUCCAAGCAGCACGAGAAGCCAUCUCCUCACCUUUUGCAGUCAUCUGGUCCACCCAGCAUGCCCUCCUCUCCUCGGCUAUUGAUGAAACAGAGCACUUCGGAAGACAGCUUAAAUGCAACAGAGAGGGAACAGGAGGAGAACAUACAGACUUGCACAAAAGCCAUUGCCUCUCUCCGGAUUGCCACAGAAGAGGCCGCUCUGCUUGGGGCAGACCAGCUAGCACGGGCGCAGGAUCCCCACCAGAAACCCUUGGAAAGUGCACAUGUUGGCAUUAGACACUUUAGUGGACCUGAGCCAGGCCAGCCCUGUUCCUCAGCUACCCACACGGACUUGCAUGAUGGUGAAAAGGACAACUUUGGUACAUCACAGACUGCAUUAGCUCACUCCACGUUUUACAACAAGAGUUGCAUGGAUGACAAACAGUCGGGCUUUCACGGCAGCAAAGAUUUACCUUCAAGCACAGAGGAAGGCAAAGAACCUUCGUCGGAAAAGAGUCAGCUACAUUGAUCUCAGAUGCAUGGAGACUUUCAUUUCCACAUUUUCUUAUUUUGUUUUGUUUUUCUAGGGAUAGAGGUAAUCAAGUUUAUAGCAUGCCUGUCCUGAGUUACAGUAGUUGGCUAUUAUAUAUACUUUUGUUAUAGCAAAAGAAUAGGCAAAUUAACAAGUCAUCAUGAGCCUGACCAAAACAAAAUUUGAAAUUAACCUAUUGGGUCUGGUACUUUUAAAACUGUACAGAUGUUUGUGCCUUUUCUUUACUUUGCUUAUAUUCUUAUAAGCAUUUUUUAGCAGUAAUUUGUACAUAUUUUAGAAUUUGUGUAUCUGCUUUGUAAUAAAUGUAAUUUCUUUCCUUUUUUGGACACUUGGAUCUAAAUGAUGUAAAGCAAAACAGCAUCAAUAUAUAUGUGAGGUUGCACUAAAACAUAUUUUUAUAUGAUUAAAACUGAACAGCUUUUAUGUACAGCUCUGAUUCUGUAAUACUAAUAUUUAUUUACUUUGUUUCAUAAAUUGUACAUUUUUUCUUAAUGUUGUGGAUUGCUUUUCUAUGUGAAGCAUGGGAUUUACUGUUGCAUAACUAGAACAAAAAUGUAUAUUGUAAACAAGAUAUUUAAACUAGAGUAUCUUAUUCUGCACUUAUGCAUUAGUUACAAAAAAGAUAAAGGAUGUAUCAGUCAGUUCUUAACUCUUGUAAAUUUUUUUGUCUCUUGUUUGCUGGAUUGACUAUAACUUAAGUGCUGAUUGUGAUUUUAAACUGAUAGUACCUUAAAGCAUUAAAGUAAACAAUGUGCUAUUGUGAGUUUUUUCAAAGCUUUAUAAAUCAGUUAUAAAUAAUAUUAAAAGUAUUUGGUCCUAUGUGAACAUGUUGAUCUAUAUACUCAUCUAAAAAUAUGGGAAAACAUUCCGCCCCAUGUAAAUAUGUACAAGUGCAUCACUGGUACAAUUUUAUGUAACUCAGUUGGACACUAGGUUGCCACAGACCUAUGCUAGGGUGUCUUUAAAAACUAAAGUGACAAAGCACAUGGGACUGUGUAGAGCUUGGUUAUCGGCCGGCCCGGUGGCUUGGCAGGCAGUGCUGGGCGCUGCCCGUGGAGAAGACCUGGGCUUAGAAAUCUCCUUGGUUCUUGCUUGCACGUGACGGUGACUGAACUAAGGCUACUAUGGAGGGAUUGCUCUUGGACUCUGAGGAGUGGGUGUGGAAGCGGGGAAGAGGCAUGGAGACCUACCUGCUCACGGCCCUUCCUGACAGCCAGUCCACACGGUGACAGGGUUGGCAUCAGCUUUAGGAGAAGCCACUUUGCCCUUCGGAAGAGGGGAAGAGUGUCACACUUCUGGCUAUCUCAGGGGGAAUGGGAGGAAGAAGCUUUCCAGGGGAAAGAACUUGUGGGAGCAGGAUGCUUUUUGUAUAUGACAUUCAAAGUGGGCUUUGGUUAGUGUCAUAGGUGGGCAGAGCCUUUGUAGGUCCAGAGGAAUGGCAGAAAGGGAGGGUACCACAUGUGCACACACACCCCUGUGUGUGCGCGCGCACACGCACACACACACACACACACACACACACACACACACAAUCUGGGUUAUCUUUGUGCUAUAUAGUGGAUUAUAAUUCUGUGAAACCAAGUUUGUAUAUUGAAUUACAUUAAGGAGUGUUCUUUAAAAAGAGAAAUAAAUAUACAAUUAC